CUAGCUGCAAAAAGUCUGUUGCAACCAACAUUUUCCUAGAAAUUUUGUAUGUUGAAACUUUUAGAAGCGACUUUGUGGCAGUAAAUGUGGCUGAAUGUCCAUUAUUUUGAAUGGGUGCAUUUCUAGACAAGCCAAAGACUGAAAAACUGACGAAGUCUGCGUCGGGAAAUGGCCUUUGCUAUGGACUCGCGUCCAUGCAAGGUUGGCGUAUUGAAAUGGAAGAUGCACACACUGAUAUCACUGGGUUGAACCAAGAGCUUCAAGAAUGGUCAUUUUUUGGCAUUUUUGACGGUCAUGCAGGCUCUAAUGCGAGUCUAUAUUGUGCAGAGAAUCUUUUAGGGUGUGUUUUAUCAAGUGAUGAUUUUAAAGCAGCCUUAAAAAGUGGGCCAUCUUCGCCUGAUUUGGAGCAGCUUAAAAACGGCAUCAAGAUGGGAUUUUUUGAGCUGGACAAAACGAUGCGAGAACUCCCAGCGUGGCUAAACGGGGAUGACAAAAGUGGUACAACGGCCGUUACAACCAUGAUUACUCCUAAGCAAUUUAUCUUUGCAAACUGUGGAGACUCUAGGGCUAUUUUAUGUAGCAAUGGGAAAGUGACUUUCCACACAGUCGAUCACAAACCAUCUAAUCCAGAUGAGAAAACUCGCAUCGAAAAGGCGGGGGGGAGUGUUAUGAUUCAAAGAGUAAACGGUUCUUUGGCAGUUUCUAGGGCUUUAGGAGAUUUCGAGUACAAGAUGGAUAAUAACUUAGGUCCAGACAAACAACUGGUUUCUCCCGAACCUGAGAUUUCUGUGAUUUCAAGACAAGAAGAUGUGGACGAGUUUAUCGUUAUCGGCUGCGAUGGUAUCUGGGAUGUGAUGACCAACGAAGAGGUGGGAGAGUAUAUUCGCUCAAGAAUGCUACUUUCUGACGAUUUAGAACUUAUUUGCAGUGAGCUUCUCGACACCUGUCUGGCUAAGGGAAGUCGUGAUAACAUGAGUGUGAUCUUAAUCACUUUUGCUGGAGCACCAAAGGUUUCAGAAGAAGCUAUGAAAAUGGAAGCAGAACUAAAUGCUGACUUGGAGAAAAGAAUAGCUGCUGUUCUCCAAGAUAGCAGUGACCCUGGAGUUGUUGACUUGUAUUAUACCAUGCAUUGUUUGUCCAGUGAGGACAUCAAAGGCUUGCCGCCAGGUGGAGGACUCCCAGCUAAACAAGUCUUCAUUCACACCACUUUGGAAAAACUGAUAGCUAAACAGACAGAGGAGUCAGAAUGAAGAAGCCAUGGAGCUUUCCUGAAGAGAAGCUUGAGAGUCGAGGACAUUCUGUAGCUACAGUUUUUGUGAUGUGUUUGAUUAUUUUGUUUAAGUAGACCUAGAUGUGGUAUUAGACAGUUUCAAGAUUGAUAUGUGUUUAUAUAACUUGUAUUCUGAAAUUUUCAAGAAGUAUACUUUUGAUCAGUGUAACAAAUUAAAGCAACCAGUAGCUGAUGACAUGUAGUCUUCAUUAUUAUUAUUAUAAUCUUAAAAUGUACAUUGUCCUUACUUGUCAGCUUACAAUUGGUUGUGAUUAUAAGAGGAGACUAUUGUGAUGUAUUCAGUUAGCUUAUCGCUCCUUUGAUUUUACUCCUAUGUUUUGAAUUAAAAACAUUACCCAUCUCCCUGAUUGGCUUUCAGCAUGCAAGGGUUGACUUUAAAACUGAUAGCACUCUGUUUGCGCCUCUGUUUUUAAUUGGACAUUUUCAAUUUCUUGCUUGUCUCACAGUUUGUAGUUUCCCAUAGUUGAAGUCAAUUCCGUUUAGUGUAGAUAAUGCAGUGCUGUAUAUACGAGACUGAAAAAGGCUGUCAAGAACUAAACAACACAACCUACUAACUUUUUGGAAAACUGGUGAACUGUUUAGCAGUUCCUUUUUCAAACAUUUUUCUGUUGUUAAACGAAAUCAGCAUCUUUGACCAUUAAUGCAAGAAGGAAAAACGCACCAAUUUGUUGUUCCAAAAAGUCCAUAAGGUCGUAUUGUUUAUUGUUGAUACUUAAUGCAGACAGCAUUUUUCAAUCCUAAGGUAUAUGCACUUUAGUGCGAGAAUCAAAGCAAUGUGGUCCAAACCAUUGCCAAAGGCCAUCUGUUAACAGGAUGUUUGCUCGUCGAUGAUGGUGAUGACGAUGGUAAUGGUGAUGGUGAUGAUGAUAUUUAAUGAAAACAGAGUAAACUGCCAGCUUGUUGGCACUUUCUGGCCUAGGAUAUAUUUACAAACUUGUAGACAACCAAGAGCAUUAAGAUUAACUGAUCACAAGAAAAGGUCUAUUGCAAUGUGAAGUUAACGGUUAGUUUAAUUAGUAAGUUCAUUCGAAGGAACAAGUAUCUUUCAAAAUCUGAUCUCUGAUAAGUAAUUACAUCUGUGGUUUUUGUCAGAGGUUACUAUAGCAGAAGCUAACAUUACUCUCUGGCAAAGGCCCCCUUUUAUUUACAUUAUAAGGUAAUUCCUGGAAUCGUUAGAUCACCGAACACAGCACUUGUUCUUAGACUCGUCGACAGAAUUGGAAAUAGUUAAUCCCUGUAUGUGACAAGUUAUUUUAAUGAUGGUAAACUACUUUGACAUAUGAUAAACUUUGUAAAUCGGCCCGUUUUGAGUGUGUGUGUGGUUGCUUCUCUUACUUUCUAGCCAUUGACGCACUACAGACAUAAAUCUUUUGUCAGCUCAGCUGAGUCAAACCGUACGCGCCAGGGGAUAUCACGAUCAUGCGCAGUGCACGAGUCGGAUACAGCAACACUGCUACGUCUUUGUAUUUGCAAAUUCCAAGUCCUUUUUCGAUAAAUCUGGGUUGGACUGAUAGAUAUGUAAACAUAUUUAAUUAUUCGUUCGUGUUAGCUUGGUACACAUGAUGGUGUCUUCGUGACAAUAUGAUUAGCUCUUGUAUAAAGUUCACUCUAAAAUAAGGGUGUGAGCUUCACCCCAAGCGAGACACGAGUACAAUUUGAAAGCUCUGUAACGUACUCUGCUAGCUGUAGAGCUUUACUUGUGUGUAAAAUAGCUAAACCCUCACUUUCCUUAGGAAUAUAUUCCACCUUCAUCAGAGUGCUUAACGCUUCAGGUAAUAAUUUACACAUUAAGACAGCAUUUGGAACCAUUGAAGCUCAUGUAUUAUUCACUCUAACUUCUUCACUGAAACGUAAUCUUCACAGACGUAAUUUGCGAACCACUAAAGGCUGAUAGGCGACCCACAACAUGUAUCAGUGGAUGCGAGAGGUUUAUUUACACACAAUGCCUGAUUAAAAAAGAAACCUGUUACUUCUUAUACGUUAAAGAAUUAAAAAUGUAAGAACAGUAA